AUGAGUUUCAAGAGAUCACUAAAGGAAAUAUUGGACUCAGAAUACGUAGAGAAUAGUGAUUCUGAAGUCGAGGAACAGAAUGACGAAAUCAACCAAGAUGAUGAGUUAAAUGAGGAAAUUGACCCAUCCCUUUGUAUCGAAUGUAGGGACAUGAAAACCGAAAUUCUGUGUAAGGAUUGUGAUGAGCAUUUUUGCGUUGUUUGUUUCGAAAUGUUACAUAGAGGUGGUAAGCGUAAAUUCCAUGAAUAUGUGAAGAUUAAAACUGAUACUAAUAAAGAAAAUUCGAACCAAAACGAACAAGAACAGAAGAAUAUCCAAGAUUCUACUAAUGGUGAACAAGAUGCAAACCGUGUAGAAGAAAAUGAAAACACACAAACAGUUUCGGAUACUCCAAACUCAAUGAAUGAAAGGCUUUUAGGAAUCCUAAAAGGAAACGCUAAAUUUAUACCGAUGAGAUUGACAUAUGAUGAGAGACAUCUGCUAAGAUUAUUAGAGGCUGCAUUACAAGUAUCCGAAUACACAGAUCGUGUCGAUAUCCUUUCAAACAGACCGAAGUCCAAGAGAAUUGUAGAUCAAUUGAAGGAAAUCUGUUCAGUUUUGACCGGUUUGGUUAUUGCAUCCAAUCUAAAGAUUGGUAAAAAACUUUUAGAGAUGAGAAAUUUUUCUGAUAAUGCUAAGUGGUUUCAAGAUGUCUUCGAAAUCGGGAGACGUUAUAAAAUUAUGAACCCUGAGAGGAUGAGGGAUACUUAUGGUAAACUUUGCUAUAUGGUUAUGGAUUCUAGAUUACCUCAGAUUGAGGACCACAUGGAGUUUCAUCUUUUUAAACCUAUUCUUACUGUCGAGACGUUCUUAACUUCAAGAGGUGAGGGUAGUAAGAAUCAGAUGGAUCUGUUCAAUGAUACUAUGAUCUUCUAUGCCACCAGUCAUAUUUCUCCUGUAGGCAAAACAAGAUCCUACAUUAAUAAAUUGAUAAAACAGAAGGAGCACGCCAUUGAGACAUUGGCAUCAAAAUAUUCUAGUUCGCUAUAUUCUAAAGAUGAUAUUCGUCAAGUACUUUACUCGAUCGGUGAUUAUAAUGCAUUUGUAAAUAUGAACAGAAAACCUGUAAUGAGAAUGUUAGAAAGAUUAGAUGUUUUUCUUCAACCUGAAGUCGAAACCAAAUAUUCGAUUGGGAUUCAAUAUGGUAGGGACGGUGCUCGUUUAACCCACGACCAUAAGAGACAAUGGCAUUACGUUCAACAGUCCUUAACCAUUUGGUCAAUUAUUCAGAGGGAGAUGAUCCGUCUUUGGUAUAUUGCUGACUCUGAUUUAUUUGAUGGUUCUGCGUAUAGACUAGCAUCUACAGGACAUGGUCUUAACCGUAUAAAGCCAUGCCCUGGUAUUUAUAGAGAAAUGCACAAGAUCUUGACUGAGUGUAGAUCAAGGACGGAAACUUGGAUCGGUUCCUCUGUAGUUCACUUAGGUGAUGAUGCUGUACCAAACGCUUUAUUUUUCCUUGAUAAAUAUACUCAAGUCCCAAGUAUAUUGAUUCCUUUUGAUCAAACAUUACUAAAGAUAAAUGGAUUGGUCAAAAACGACACAUAUAUUUUAGAAUAUAUUAAUAAGGAGUACGGUUCUGUGGAUGACUUAAAACUAACCAUCUUACAAGAUGCAUUUGCACACAUGUUUGAUGGUUCAGGUGCCGACAAUUUCUAUAUGAGCGGUUCCUGUAUUGAUGGUAGAUUAACAUCUGCUUGGAAUCAUUGUAAUGAAAUAUCCAAGAAAAAAUACUUCAAUAUUUUCCUACUAACAGGCUUUAAUGGUUUCAACGGCAGUGAAGGAUUCUGA